AUGGAGACGCUACUCCCCGCGGGCGGCUUUCAGCUGCCCUUUCAGCGGCGCCUCUCGCGUCUCUACAACGACACCAAAAAGUCGAGCGAUUUCGUGCAGGCCCCCGUACCCCGAGAGAAGCAGCAGGACCCCGACGUCGCCGGGCUGCACCGCAAGCUGCGCAUCCAAAAGGACCGCCUCGUCAGCUGGGGCCUCGAGUGGUCCGACCCCGCCCACCAGGCCGCCGAGAUUGACGAGUCGCUGUCGCGCGCGGGCCUCAGUGAAGUCGUCGGCAGCAUCAUGUCGACUAUCAAGGACAUUCUCGCCGAGGCUGAGCAGCUCUGGCUGAGUGGUGCCGGCGGAAACAGUGCCGGCGGUACGGGAAGUGCAGCGAAAGACAAGGAAAAGCUGGCGCAGUGGGAUCGCGCGCGCUUCGAGGGCCUGGUCAGCGACUUUGCGGCAUCAGUCGACACGCUGUACGACUUGUCGCGGACGCGCGGCGCGGCCAUGAGGAGGGUCUCGAAAGGUGGUGGCCUGUAUAAAGGAGCGGGUAUCGAGGCGUCUCGCGCGUUUGAGCCGACGCGUAUGCAGACGCCGCAGGUCAUUGACCCCGCGCAGCUGACCGAGAUCCUACCCGCCACGGACCUUGCCCCCAGCGUCGCCUCGCAGCGCGCCGUCGUGCUCAUGAGCAAGACGGCGUACUCGGACAUGGCGCAGGGCCGCACCCGCGCACCCUGGGGUCCGCUGCUCCUCGAGUACGCCGCGUUUGACCCAAUUUACUCCACCACUGGCAUUAUGCCGCCGAUGGCGCGCUUCGAGAGGCUGUCUGCGGGCCUGCAGCAGGACUCGCAGCGCGCGCCGGGCGCGUGGUCCGGCCUACCGUGGCUGCUGGGCUACUUUGAGGAUAUGGAAAACUCGCGCUUCGGGAUGGUGUACCGUUUCCCGCCGCCCUUUGACACAGCCAUUCUCGACAGCUACAAGAAGAGCGCGGCGCACAAUGUGGUGACGCUGUGCACGCUGCUGGCGGAUCCCGCAAUGGAGCCGUCGCUCGAGGCCAAGUUUCGGCUCGCGUACAAUCUUGCCAAUACCGUCUUUGACAUGCAUGCGCGGGGCGUGACGCAUGGGAGACUCACAGGAGAUAACAUUUCGUUUUGCAACGAGGGCAAGAUGGAUGGUCUGCCGCCGAAUGCGGUGGUGGACGUACGACGGCCGCUCAUCUCGUCGUUUGACAUAUUCUCGGAAGAAAAGACUGACGAUACGCUGCAUCACCCUCUAGACCCUCGCUAUUCUUCUGCGUCUCCUCUUGACAAGAAUACUGACGAGCGCGUGCUCGAGCUGUAUGCGCUAUCCUUGAUGCUCUUGUCGAUUGGUCUGUGGACCAGCAUCGAGACGCUCCCGUUGGAUGCCAGCGAAGCCCCAUUUGCGGCUGCCAUGGAGCGACUCAAGGUCAAGUGCGGCGGCCUGUACACCAAAGCGGUGCAUGCGUGCUGGGAGGCUGUCGACCUGGAGAUUGCGGGCGAGACCACGGGCGAAACGCUGCUGUCGCAGGUGCAGAUGCGCGUGAGCCGGUUCCUCGAGACGUGCUGCAUUCUGGAUGGCGUCAGUGGCUUGGAGCAGAGGCUCAACACGGAGAUUGAACAAGAGACACACGAGGCGCUGCGCUGGGACGAGUCGAGUGACUUCAAGACCAAGUCUCUGCAGUCGCCGUCACAAGCGCAAACGACUGUUGGCUCCUCUGAAGGCAUGAUGGGAUAUGACAGUGGCCAAAACAGGCCACAAACGCAGUCUACAACCCCCCCGAAGCCUGUAAGCAAGGAGCCCAAGCUCAAGCUGUACACACAAGUGCCACUACCCGCCGAAGCGGUUGACAAGUGGAACACGAUUCUCAUGCCGCAAAUCAACCAGGCUCUUCGCCAUUUCUACCGCAAGCAUCCCGAAUCAGUCGAGAUAUCCCUCGAGUCCAUCGGCCUGAGCCCGCAGCAGACGGAGCCUACCGUGCUGGUCGUCUGCUCGUCCGUCGGCAAGGUGCGCGCCAUCCUCAAGAAGCGCGUCGGCGACCUCUUUGACGGAUCUACUGGAUUCGCCCUCAAAGUGUGCCGCGGCCACGUUCUCCGGUCCCGCCGCGUAUCCGACUCGGUCCAUCGUUCCACAGCCACCGACGACGACGAGUUUGAGGCGGUCAACUCAAAGUACCAGGAACGUCCGUGCAGCGGUGCCAGCAUUGGCGCUUGGAUUGGCGACCGACACCUGCCGCCGGUCAGCUUUGGCGGGCUGGUGGUGGUGGAUGGCAAAACGUACGGCAUGACGGUGCACCACAUGCUCGAUGACCCGGACCGCGAUUUCGGCGGCCCAGAGACGCACCGCAGCGCGGCCAUCCCUUCAGGCUACAGCAUUCCUCAAUUCGACAGCACAGACGAGUAUGAAGAUGAUGAUGAUGAUGAUGACGGUUACGAGCUAUCGGACACGGAAUCGGAACCUUUCUCGGAAACGGACAUUACUAGCGAGUACGGCGACGAGAGCGAUGAAGAAGAAGACGAAGAGGAGCCCGGCGACAUUCCCGGCAUUGAGCCCGGCUGCGGCGACGGCUACGUGGUGACGCAGCCGGCGCUGGACGACGUCGAGGAUGGCUUUUACCCGUGCGCCGAGACGGAAGAUGAGGAUCACCUCGAUUCGUUCAGCCUCGGCCCUGUCUACGCAUCGAGCGGCAUCCGACGGCGCCGCGAAAAUGGCCUCGUGCAUGAAGUCGACUGGGCGCUAUUUGAAUUCGACGACGCCCGCCUCCCCGCCUCCAACGCCAUACUCGACGACAACCGCGAGAGCGACGCUCGGCUGCCCCAGCCGACCAUGCUCGCGCCGUCGACCUUGCUCCCCGGGAAGCGGGUGCGAUGCGUGGCGCGGACGAGCGGCCUCCAGCAUGGACAGAUUCUGCCAGCGCUGUGCAGUGUCAAGAUUUACGGACGCGUUUCCCCGAGCCACACGUACCAGGUGGCGAACCCGGACGCGGGGCCGCGCGCCGCCGCCGCCGCCGCAAUGGGCAUCCCGGGGGACAGCGGCGCGUGGAUCGUCGCGACGGGGGAUGGGGCGCUGUGCGGACACGUGCUGGCGUGGAGCGCGAGGAAGCGCGUCGCGUACAUGUGUCCGAUGGACGUGCUGCUGCUGGAUGUAGCGCAGACGCUGAAUGCGUGCGAGGUGAGGCUGCCGGGCGGGAAGCCGGUGGUGAUGUUGGAGGGACAGGGGGAGGCAAAUGUAGAGAAGGCGGCAAAGGAGGAGGAGGAGGAGGAGGAGGAGGAGGAGGAGAAGGAGGAGGAGGAGGAGGAGGAAGAAACAAAUGAGGAAGAAGAGGUAUCGGCGGCCAAGUUGAUGGUGACGACGCCGCCGCCGCCAACGGGCAUGACGAGGCUGACGAGGGGUUUGGCGGAGCUAAAUAUGGGUGUGAAUGUGAAGCAGGGCAUUGAUGUGAGUAGUUGA